UUAAUUUUCUAUGUCUAUAAUUUUUUGAAAUAUUUUUAUUUAUUUAGAAUGGCUGCUUCUUUAUUUGCCACAGUUUUAUAUCUUUCACGUCUUCAAGUCCCUUUUCUUGGUUAUAGUAAAGGAAAAUUUCGUUGGUAUCGUUUAAAUGUAUUUGGACAAUUUCCGUAUUUAACAGCAAUUCUCUUUUCUUGGGGUCUUUGUUUUAUUUUGACUAUAUUUGAUUUAAUACCAAAAGAAAGUGUUGCUAGAACAGAUAAACCGGCAACUUUAGAUGCUAUUUAUAAUUCUCCUUAUGCCAGAUUUCCUUUUCCAGGCCAAUUUGGGUUUCCAAAAUUUAAUAUUGGUUUGUUUGUUGGAUUUCUUGUAUCUGCCCAAACAACUUUAUUUGAGGCUGUUGGAAAUUAUCAUGCUGUUGCUAGUGAACGUCCACCUCCCUCCCAUGCUUUAAAUAGAGGAAUUAUGGCUGAGGGUCUAGGAUGUUUUAUUUCUGGUUUGAUAGGUCCCGGAGUUGGUAUAACUACACACGCAGAGAAUGUUGGGGUUAUUGGAAUAACUAGAGUAGCUAGUAGAGUUACGAUGAUUUUUGGUGGUUGUACUUUAAUUGCUUUUGGGGUUGUAACAAAACUUGGAGCCAUACUUUCUGCAAUUCCAGAUCCUUUAGUUGGCGUUGUUUUAAGUACUUCUAUGGCUAUGGUUGGGGGUGUUGCUAUAGCUAAUGUACAAACUGUUGAUUUAAAAUUAACUAGAAAUGUGGCUAUUCUUGGAUUCUCAAUUAUGUUGGGGGUGAUUGUCCCAGAAUUUUAUGAAAGGAAUCCAACAAUUGUUGCUACUGGUUAUAGAACUUUAGACCAAGUUAUUCAAGUUUUAUUAAGUUUGCCAAUGUUUGUUGGUGCAGCGACUGCUUGUUUUUUAGAUAACACAGUUGGUGGAGCUACAAGACAACAACGUGGACUUAGAGAAAGGGGAACUGUUUGGGAAGAAUGUGAUGGGGAAAGAGAUGUUUAUUUAUAUCCAAAUAAAUUCCAACAAAUAAUCGACUCCUUCCCAAUUCUUCGUUAUUUACCUUUUAUUCCUAAAAGAAAAUAUGUGAAAGAAGACAAGAAAAAUAAUGAGAAGCAGAGAAAUGGAGUUAAAAUUGUGCCGAAUGAAAAUUUUGUUUGA